GGGCGCUUGGUGAUGUAAUCGUCGGCGGCGGCGGUGUCUAUCCCACACUCGACACACACAGGAAAAGAUAUGACUGUGGAAAUGAAAAACGUCGUCGUUGUUUGGCAAUAAACUGAUUUGUCACAAUUAAAAUAUUUAAAGAUUGAAAGGUCUUCAAGUAGAAGUGCUCCCAUGUUACAUGUUUCUUGGAUAAUUGAAAAUCUGUAAUAUCAUCUGGAAUAGAAGAAGUAGUAGUCGUAACUUUUAAUUUACUCGUUUACAAAUGGCACCAGUAUGUUAUGAUACUGCAUAAAACGUUUAGAAUUAUGCUAUAUAUAUUUUUUUGAAGAAGAAGAUAUUUUUUACAAAAAGCUUAGAACUUUUUCCAAAAAAUAAUGUCAAACCGGCCUGGGGGUAGAGGGCAGAACCCUCAUGGACUGAAACUCACUAAUCUAGAUGACAUAUGGGAUGAUCUUCGUGCUGGUAUACAGCACGUAUACAAACGCCAGAGUAUGGCACGCAAGCGGUACAUGGAGCUAUACACACAUGUUUACAACUACUGCACAAAUGUACACUCACUCCAGAACAGGUCGUCCUCAUCAGCUAAGAGCAAGAAAGGGUCAAACACUGGCGGAGCACAGUUUGUUGGCUUAGAACUGUACAAAAGAUUGAAGGAUUUCUUAAAGACAUACUUAAGCAAUUUACUAGAGGAUGGAGCUGAUUUGAUGGAUGAGUCUGUUCUCAACUUUUAUACCAAGCAAUGGGAGGAGUACCAAUUUUCCAGCCGCGUGCUAAAUGGAGUGUGCGCCUACUUGAACCGACAUUGGGUACGGCGUGAAUGCGAUGAGGGACGCAAGGGCAUUUUUGAGAUAUAUUCUUUGGCAUUAGUAACAUGGAGGGAUCAAUUAUUCAAGCCUCUACACAAGCAGGUGACAAAUGCAGUGCUGAAGCUGAUAGAACGAGAACGUCAGGGUGAAACCAUCAAUACAAGUCUCAUAAGUGGUGUUAUUCAGUGCUAUGUUGAGCUCGGUUUGAAUGAAGAAGAGCCAGCAAGCCGUGGUCUUACGCUGAGUGUGUACAAGGACUCGUUUGAAACACAGUUUCUGCAAGAGACUGAACGGUUCUAUGGUUCAGAAAGUGCUGAAUUUCUACGCCAGAAUCCAGUCACAGAGUACAUGAAGAAGGCUGAUUCUAGGCUUAUGGAAGAACGUAGGCGUGUUCAAGUCUACCUCCACGAAAGCACGCACGAUGAGCUCGCAAAGAGAUGUGAGCAUGUGCUCAUAGAAAAGCAUCUUGAAAUAUUUCGCUCUGAGUUUCAAAACUUAUUAGAUGAUGACAAGAAUCAAGAUUUGGAGCGUAUGUACAGACUUGUAUCCCGUAUUCAUGAGGGGUUAGGAGAAUUGAAGAACUUGUUGGAGCAACAUAUAUACAGCCAAGGUCUAACAGCUAUAGAAAAAUGUGGUGAUACUGCCCUCAAUGAGCCAAAACAGUAUGUGCAGACAAUAUUAGAUGUUCACAGAAAAUACAAUGCUCUUGUUCUAUCAUCCUUCAAUAAUGAUGCAGGCUUUGUUGCUGCUCUGGAUAAGGCCUGUGGCCGAUUCAUUAAUAGCAAUGCAGUUACCAAGAUGGCCAAUAGUUCGAGUAAAUCUCCUGAGUUGUUGGCCCGCUACUGCGAUUCCCUUCUACGGAAAAGCUCCAAGAACCCUGAAGAAGCUGAACUAGAGGACACUCUCAAUCAAGUGGCUGAUUCUAGGCUUAUGGAAGAACGUAGGCGUGUUCAAGUCUACCUCCACGAAAGCACGCACGAUGAGCUCGCAAAGAGAUGUGAGCAUGUGCUCAUAGAAAAGCAUCUUGAAAUAUUUCGCUCUGAGUUUCAAAACUUAUUAGAUGAUGACAAGAAUCAAGUAUCGUAUUUAUUUUUAUCACAACAGGCUGCAAUUGUAAGAAUCAUGAAGAUGCGUAAAGUUCUGAAGCACCAGCAACUGUUGAGUGAGGUGCUAACUCAGUUAUCAAGCCGCUUCAAACCUAGGGUUCCCGUUAUUAAGAAAUGCAUCGAUAUACUGAUAGAAAAAGAGUAUUUAGAAAGAGUGGAUGGUGAGAAAGACACAUAUAGUUACCUUGCUUAAAUUCUUUGGUGAAACACAAAUGCAGGAAUUUCCCCAAUCAUUACUAAUCUCAUCUCUUGAUCAUUCAUCAAGUAAGCUACUGCAAGCCUCAAAGUUUUUAUAUAUAUUUUUUCUAUUUAAAGCAAUUUCUGUGUGUAGAUCCAGUUAUUUUUUAUUAAUUAUUUGAAAGCUUGGCAUUUUCAAGACAACACAACCUGUUGGUGUUAACAUCAGAUGAUGUACUGCCAUUGUAGAGACAACAUAACCUGUUUGUGUUAACAUCAGAAAGGUUACUACCAUGUUGGGAGGGGGGAAUGAUGGCUUAAUGCUUUAGCAGUUGUCAAAUAAAUAUUUCAUGUGUUAUGAUAAAGGUAGUCUCAUAACUGCAGAAACAUGGGUCAUAAAAUAGUUAUAAAAAAAAUAUGUUAAUUUAUCAUCUGAUGAGAGUAAACUGUAAAUCAAAAUAUUCCUGUAGAUAAUGUGAAUAUAAUUAGGAAGAAGUGGAACAAAAUUGGUUAUAUAUACCUAUUAAACAUUGACAAUUUUUAA